AUGGGAUCAGACCGUGAAAAGGAGGAAGCCUGCAAUAUUAACACGAGUCUUGGUCUUGGUGUUGGUUUGGGAGUGGGCGGUGGUGAAUACAUGGCAAGGGACUGGCGGCGAAAGGAAAAGGAGAAGAAGCCUUCGGUGCGAUUGGAUGUGUCGUUUGCUCUUCAUCCCUGCAAGCAGGAAACCACGGUUGACGCGGCACGACGGCGCAGGGCAGAAGGAUGUAAUAAUUCAAAUGUGUUAAACGUGGAAGAGGAAAAGUAUUAUACCAAGUCAAGGAAUAGUACCAAUAUAAGUGGCAGUGCUAGAAAGAAGCUGAGGCUCACGAAGGACCAAACCACCCUUCUUGAACACAGCUUCAAACUGCACACCACCCUUAAUUCAAUGGACAAACAAAUACUAGCCGAUCAUUUAAAUCUACGCCCCAGACAAGUCGAAGUUUGGUUUCAAAACAGAAGAGCAAGGAUUAAGUUGAAACAAACAGAGGCUGAUUGUGAGUUGUUGAAGAAAUGGCAUGAGAGUUUAAAUGAUGAGAACCAGAGAUUGAAGAAGGAAUUGCAGGAGUUACGAACUCUAAAGUCAGGGCCUUCAUCGUUGUACAUUCAAUUGCCCAAGCCUACAACACUUAGAAUGUGCCCUUCCUGCGAAAAAUUUUCAAAGCCUCAAGGCACUCACGGGUAAUAAUAAGGUAGGUGUAGCGAUGUUGGACAUGGUCCUUAAGACUAAUAAGUUGCAGGACGACAUUGAUGUUACACCCUAGCUACUUCCCAAAAACACUGUUAUCUUCCAUUCACUAAUAUUUGGCUUCUUAUUCUUUCUUAAUUUCCUUCUUUCCUUCCUAGUUGGGGGAAACUUUAGACCAAUUGAAUAUUGAUAAAAAUAAUACAUACCAAUAAAUUUUAUUUA